AUUGGUCUUUAUUAUACUAGCAUCACGGCAGCAGGUUCCUGCUCAGUUUGGAGUUAUUGUCACCACGACUGUAUGCCCGCUUGAAGUAGUUAAACCAGGGGCACUGCAGCACAAGGAGUCUGCAUGUCUAUCUAGACAUGCUCAGCUUUGUGGAUACCCGGAUUCUGUUGCUGCUUGCAGUAACUUCAUACCUAGCAUCAUGCCAAUGUAAUCCCCACGGACCCAAAGGACCCAGAGGUGACCCGGGCCCAAGAGGCCCCGAUGGAAAACCCGGAAAACCUGGACUUCCCGGACCUGCUGGCCCCCCUGGACCCCCUGGACUUGGCGGAAACUUUGCUGCUCAGUAUGAUGGAGCUAAAGGACCUGACCCCGGCCCCGGACCCAUGGGUCUGAUGGGACCUAGAGGCCCACCCGGAGCUCCCGGUGCCCCUGGACCCCAAGGAUUCCAAGGACAUGCUGGAGAGCCUGGCGAGCCCGGACAAGCUGGUGCCGUCGGCUCUCGUGGCCCCACCGGACCCCCUGGCAAGUCUGGCGAGGACGGUAACAAUGGAAGACCUGGUAAGCCUGGAGAUAGAGGACCCGCCGGUGCUCAGGGUGCCCGUGGAUUCCCCGGAACCCCCGGACUUCCCGGAAUGAAGGGACACAGAGGCUACAACGGACUUGAUGGACGCAAGGGAGAGCCUGGCGCUGCUGGAGCUAAGGGAGAGAAUGGUGCCCAUGGAAGCCCUGGAACCCCCGGAGCAAGAGGAAACCGUGGUCUGAAUGGCGAGAGAGGACGUGCCGGACCUGCUGGACCCGCUGGUGCUCGUGGUGCUGACGGCAACACUGGACCUGCCGGACCUGCUGGCCCUCUGGGAUCAGCUGGACCCCCAGGCUUCCCUGGUGCUCCUGGCCCCAAGGGAGAGCUCGGACCCGCUGGCAAUACUGGACCUUCUGGACCCCAGGGAGGAAGAGGAGAGCCCGGUCCCAACGGAGCUGUUGGCCCCGCUGGUCCCCCUGGUAACCCUGGUGCUAACGGUCUGUCUGGAGCCAAGGGAGCUGCUGGCACCCCUGGUAUUGCUGGUACCCCCGGAUUCCCCGGACCAAGAGGAGGACCCGGACCUCAGGGACCCGUCGGCCCCUCUGGCCCAAGAGGUCUCUCUGGAGACCCUGGUCCCGCUGGCAUCAAGGGAGACACUGGUCCCAAGGGUGAGACUGGCAUGCUGGGAGCUCAGGGAGCACCUGGCCCCGCUGGAGAGGAGGGAAAGAGAGGACCCACUGGUGAGCAGGGUGCCACCGGACCUGCUGGUCUUGCCGGACCAAGAGGUGCCUCUGGAACUCGUGGACUUCCUGGACUUCCCGGACGUGCUGGACCCAUGGGCAUGCCCGGUGCCCGUGGUGCCACUGGAGCCUCUGGUGCCCGUGGACCCCCUGGAGACUCUGGCCGUGCUGGUGAGCCCGGACCCGCUGGACAGAGAGGUCUGCCCGGAAGCCCUGGCAGCUCUGGACCCCCCGGAAAGGAGGGCCCUGCUGGCCCCUCCGGACAGGAUGGCCGCUCUGGCCCCCCUGGCCCCACUGGCCCCAGAGGACAGGCUGGUACCAUUGGAUUCCCCGGACCUAAGGGACCCGCUGGUGAUGCUGGCAAGCCCGGAGAGAAGGGACCCACUGGACCUACUGGUCUGAGGGGAGCUCCUGGCCCCGACGGUAACAACGGCCCUGCUGGACCUCUUGGUCUUGGUGGACCUACUGGUGAGAAGGGAGAGCAGGGACCCUCUGGUGCCCCUGGCUUCCAGGGUCUGCCUGGACCCGCCGGACCCGCUGGUGAGACUGGCAAGGCUGGAGAUAGAGGUAUUCCCGGAGACCAGGGUGCUUCUGGACCUGCUGGUGUUAAGGGAGAGCGUGGUAACCCCGGACCUGCUGGAGCCGGCGGACCCCAGGGACCCAUGGGCGCCCGCGGACCUGCUGGUGCUCCUGGAACUGAUGGCGGAAAGGGAGAGCCUGGUUCUGCUGGACCCGCUGGAGCCCCUGGACACCAGGGUGCUGCUGGUAUGCCCGGAGAGCGUGGAGCCGCUGGUACCCCUGGACCCAAGGGAGAGAAGGGAGAGAAUGGAUUCAGAGGCCUUGAGGGCAACCUUGGAAGAGAUGGUGCUCGUGGAGCCACUGGACCUUCUGGACCCCCCGGACCUGCUGGUGCCAAUGGCGAGAAGGGAGAGACCGGAUCUUGGGGACCCGCCGGACCUGCUGGAGCUCGUGGACCUCCCGGAGAGCGUGGAGAGGGUGGACCCGCUGGCCCUGCUGGAUUCGCUGGACCCCCUGGUGCUGAUGGACAGGCUGGAGCUAGAGGCGAGAAGGGACCUGCUGGUGGCAAGGGAGACGUUGGACCCUCUGGACCUUCUGGACCCGCUGGAAACUCUGGACCUCUUGGACCCGCUGGACCUGCUGGCCCCCCUGGAGCCCGUGGUGAUGGUGGACCCCCUGGUCUGACUGGUUUCCCUGGUGCUAUGGGCAGAGCUGGACCCACUGGACCCGCUGGUAUUGUUGGACCUCCCGGCCCUACUGGCCCCUCUGGAAAGGAUGGCCCCCGUGGAGCUCGCGGUGACUCUGGCCCUGCAGGACCCCCCGGAGAGAACGGCAUGGUCGGACCCAGCGGACCUGCUGGAGACAAGGGAGCCCCUGGAGAGGCUGGCGCCGCUGGUGCCCCUGGUGCCCCCGGACCUCAGGGUCAGCUCGGAUCAGCUGGAUUCAACGGACUUCCCGGAGCAAGAGGCGACCGUGGUCUUCCCGGAAUGCCCGGAUCUCUUGGUGAGGCUGGCAGACUUGGACCCUCUGGUGCCCCUGGCCCCCGUGGACCCCCUGGAAACAUUGGCAUGCCCGGUAUGACUGGCCCCCAGGGAGAGGCUGGACGUGAGGGUAACCCUGGUAACGAUGGACCUCCCGGUCGUCCUGGUGCCGCUGGAUUCAAGGGUGACCGUGGUGAGCCCGGCUCUCCUGGACCCGUUGGCCUUGCUGGACAGCCCGGACCCGCUGGUGCUGCUGGCGCCGUUGGCAGACCCGGAAACCGUGGUGAGGGUGGACCCGUUGGAGCUGCUGGCCCCGCUGGACCUGCUGGUGCCAGAGGUCUUACUGGAACCGCUGGAGUGCGUGGUGAGAAGGGAGUCGCCGGAGAGAAGGGAGACAGAGGCAUGAAGGGACUGCGUGGACACCCUGGUCUCCAGGGAAUGCCCGGACCCAACGGACCCCCUGGUGACUCUGGCCCCGCUGGUGCCACUGGACACUCUGGACCCAGAGGCCCUGCUGGUCCCUCCGGACCCUCUGGUAAGGAUGGAAGAGCUGGAACCCCUGGACCUGUUGGACCCGUUGGACACCGUGGACCCCAAGGACACGUCGGCCCAGUUGGUCCCGCUGGAUCUCCCGGUCUGCCCGGACCCCCCGGCCCCGCUGGUGGCUCCUACGACGUCUCUGGUGGCUUCGAUGAGUACGCCGCCGACCAGGCUGCCCUGAGGGCCAAGGACUACGAGGUGGAUGCCACCCUCAAGUCCCUCAACACCCAGAUCGACAACCUGCUCUCCCCCGAGGGCUCCAAGAAGAACCCCGCCCGCACCUGCAGAGACAUCAGACUCGCCCACCCCGACUGGAGCAGCGGUUUCUACUGGAUCGACCCCAACCAGGGCUGCACCAUGGAUGCCAUCAAGGCCUUCUGCGACUUCAGCACCGGCCAGACCUGCAUCUACCCCCACCCCGAGAGCAUCGCCCGCAAGAACUGGUACAGGAGCGCCCAGGAGAAGAAGCACAUCUGGUUCGGAGAGACCAUCAAUGGUGGUACUGAGUUCACGUACAACGAUGACACCAUGAGCCCACAGACCAUGGCAACACAGCUGGCCUUCAUGCGCCUGCUGGCCAACUCGGCGGUGCAGAACGUCACCUACCACUGCAAGAACAGCGUGGCCUACAUGGACGCCGAGCAGGGCAACCUGAGGAAGGCCGUGCUGCUGCAGGGCUCCAACGACGUGGAGCUCCGCGCCGAGGGCAACAGCCGCUUCACCUUCAACGUGCUGGAGGAUGGAUGCACCAGACACACUGGCCAGUGGAGCAAGACAGUCAUCGAGUACAGAACGAAUAAACCAGCACGCCUGCCCAUCCUCGACAUUGCACCUUUGGACAUUGGAGGCCCUGAUCAGGAGUUUGGUUUGGACAUUGGCCCAGUCUGUUUCAAAUGAAUAGACUCACGAUAAAUUAAACACCACCACCCCAAAAAAAAAGAGAGAAAGAAAGAAAAGAAAAAAUGGAAAACAAUCUCUGCCCUUCUGUCUGUGUUGUUUUUUAUACCGAAUGCUGAUUUCCUCUGCACAUCCACUUGCUUAAAAGCCGGGCGCCUAUCGGAGAGGACCUAUGGACUUAACAAAAGAACGGAAGCGUUUGCACAAUGCAAAUUAAUACAGAAGCCCAAAGAGAGACGCGGGAAAACACCAUGUUGUGGGACAAUGUCAUCAUUUUGUUAAAAAUAAAUGUAAUAAAAACAAUGAAAGUAUGCAUCACUUUGUGGUCUUUGUAUAUCUUCCAAAGAGGAGGUUUAAAACCACAACUUUUCAAAGAAAACACGGUUUAAAACUACCUCAUGCUUGUGUUCCAAGAAAAUACUAUUACGAAAAGAAAAACCUGAUCCGCAUCUAUAAGAUGUCGUUAUACAGUAGUGUUGAAGGCUUCAAGUUCUGUCUUGUUAUCGAAGGUGCUCGAAUACUUGAAGCGGUGAUCUAUAUGGUGCUAUGCAGCUGUGGAGAGAACCACUUUUACUGUAUUACUUUGUAUUGUCUGAGGAGUCUUGGACGGGUCUCCCCGAUAGUCUCCCACUUUAAGCUAGUGGACUUAUUCUAAACCUGAUGUUUGUCUGGUUUGAACUUGUGUUGGUUUAAUUUUUGUUUAGACCCUCCUUUCUUGCAGUUUGUUCAGAUUUUUGUUUGUUUGUUUGUUUGUUUUUUAUUUAGUUCUGUUUCAUUUCAAGACAUUGCAUUUUUCCGGUAACUAUCCCCCUCCCCCCCAAGUUUCCCUGUUCACAGCACAUUUCGUCCAUUUCAGUGGGUUAAACAGGCCUCUCUCUCUCUCUCGAAACAAACUACAAAGUUUAUUGUACCUAUUUUGUAUAUGUGAGAUGUUUAAAUAAAUUGUGAAAAGUUCUGAAAUAAAGCAUGUCCAAUGUUCCAAAACACAA